AUGGAUAAACUUCUUUAUAUUUUCUUAACCUGUUGCAGCAUCGGAAUAAAUGCAACAACAUUGUACAGUGAAUUACUGAGCGACUAUGACACACUGAUGGAAUUUUACAACUCUGGAAAUAAUUCAAGAAAGGACUUUAUUCCUAAAGCCAAUGUAAGUGUAGCAAUGGAUGUGUCGGUAUCCGUGGAUUUACUCGCUCUCAAUGAUUUUAACGAAGUCUCCGGUUCUAUCGAUCUAAUGAUUGGUCUUAAUCUCAGCUGGACAGACGAAAUUGUACAGUGCAAUGGGUAUGACGUUGCGACGGCAUUCAAUGCUACAGCUAUAGGCACACCAGAUGCCCUGAAGUCCUUACUGGUUCCCUAUGGGAAAAUAUGGUCACCAAACAUGGUGCUUUUGAAUGCUAUGGAUUCGGCCACAACUAUUGGUGGAUCUAUUUACAAACUUCGAUUCGAUUUAACAGAAGCUUUAGUUACUUGGAAUCCAAAGGUACAUGUGUAUAGUUCCUGCACUCCAGAUGUCACAUACUACCCUUUCGACAGGCAAACAUGUUCUUUUACAUUCUUGUCUUGGGGAAACACCGCAUCGGAACUCCUAUUUAAAACUGACAGAUCAACUCUUAAUUUGGAUUCAUAUUCGGAAAAUGGCGAAUGGAAAGUGUCAAACAAUGCAAUCUCUGUUCCAACAGUUAAUUCACAGUCACAAAUAGAAAUAUCCAUAACAAUAGAUAGACGGCCACUCUAUUUUGCUUUCAAUAUCAUCACGCCAAUCAUGGUUCUUGUAAUCUUAAAUGGAAUGGUAUUUUGGCUGCCAGUUGAAUCUGGGGAACGUAUCGGUUUCUCUGUCACGUGUUUUCUGUCUUUUGUUGUCUUACUGAACAUGAUCAUGGACAUGAUGCCAAAAUCGUCAUCCCCGAUAGCUUACAUCUGUUUCUACACAGUCUGCAUGAUGGUAUUCAGUGGAUUGAAUACCGCUCUUGUUAUUUUACAGAUGAGGAUGUUUCAUAAACCGGAAACAGAUGAGGUACCUAAAUGUAUACUUUCAUACAUACGGUUUAUGAAAUGCCAAACAUGUAAAAGGGACAGAAAUAAGGAUAAGAUAAAUUUGAUUAAAGUGGAACCAUCGGAUGUGCUAGAGAGGCCACAGAACAGAAAAAAAGACGUGAAAAUUGAUGAAUCAAAUGUCAAGAAGGAGGAAAUCACAAUCACAUGGCAGGAUGCAGCAGAUGAACUAGACAAGAUUCUAUUCUUUACCUUUCUGAUCGGACAAAUGACAUUCACAAUUUUAUUUCUCGUCCCUUUAUUUUCAAUAUGA